UUGACUAAAAUUAUAAUCACAUAAAUAAUAUAAUUUAUUUUGAGAUAACAGAAAAUGAAAUCAUCGAGCACAGAAAAGCUUAAGACCCGCAACGACAGCGCUGUCGAGAAGUAGAGCACAACUAACUAUAAUAAUAAUCAAAAACAUAACAAUAAUAAUAUAUAAUAUUAUAAUUUAUAAGAUAAAUAACGUAAUCAUUUCAUAAAUCAAAAUCGUAUAAAAAAUUCUUUUUACAUCACACAUUAGAAAUAUAUAAAUUGUAAUGUACCAGUGAUCGCAUAUUACUUUCAUAUUUAUAAAAUAUAUCAGUUAACGAACAUCUGAAUAAAAAAUUUUUUUCAAAAUCUAACUGCAAUUUAUGUAUUCGUUCUUGAUCUGCGGUUUUCUUUGGUUUCCAAAUUUUUAUAGUACACUGCACGUGCAAUUGUACUACAUCAAAAAAAUCGACGAGCUAAUAUAUCAGUCGUUUGGAGAAAUAGUAAAUCGACCGCCGUUAUGAAGAUCGCACGGUCACCGACUGCAGUCCGGAUGCUGCAAAACGGUCUGGCCGUCCAAAUCCGCUGUCCCGGCGAUAGAUCGCAGUCGCAACUUUACACCUCGUCAUCUGCAGUCACUGCGGCAACGACGACGACGACCCAGUUAAACGGCAACUAUCGGCUGCAAAAACCCAACUGGGACCGCGCGGUGUCCGAGGCCGAGAAGGUCGUCGGCUACCCAUCGUCAUUCAUGAGUCUCAGGUGGCUGUUCAGUGACGAGAUAGCCAAUGUCGCGCUGCACCUACGCCGCAUGGUCAACUCCAACCAUCCGCUACUGAAAACAGUCAAAGGGUUAUUACACAACGGCCAGAAUACCAUGCAAGCUUGGGGGUUGAUCGUGUUACUCGUAUCCAAAGCAGCCGGUCACAUGAACGUGAACAGAUCGGCGGACGAAGAUAAGUCGGGCGUUUUACGCAGUCAAAGAGCACUAGCUGAAAUCGCAGAAAUGAUCCGCACUAGCCACCUGAUGCAUAAUGGUCUCAUAAAUAUAUACCCGGAAAUGUUCUCGGAACCUGUCGACCAAAACGACAUGAGUUACGGCAACAAGAUCGGCUUGCUCAGUGGCGACUAUCUCCUAGCUAACUCUUUCAACGAACUUUCGAUGCUCAAAAAUCAAAACCUCAUGGAAUUGAUCAGCAGCGCCCUACGCGACUUAUCCGAGGCCGAGUUUUUGGGUCGCAGAGACUCGCAAAACAAUCCACUACCGUCACCGUUCGAACCGCUCGACCGAAAGCACGACUCGACUCGGCUACAGUUCAACCCGUUCCAAUCAUCGUCCGAACAACUACAGAGCGACAUGCCACUUACGCCCGCCUUACACGACUGGACCAAACGCAACGUACUGUCAACUGGCAGCCUACUGGGAAAGUCUUGCCAAGGCGCUCUCCUAUUGGCCGGCCACGGCGAGCAGUUACAGAAACAGGGCUUUUUGUUCGGUAAACACCUGUCGCUAGCCUGGCAGGCUCAUUUAGAUUUGGAACCAUUUUUGUCAGAUUCAGUGUACUCAUUGGGAAUGUCUUUCAGCCUCACUUCAGCACCAGUUAUGUUCCACCUCGAACACGAUUCGUCAUUAUUUAAAGAAAUUGAUAAGGGCGUUAAUUCAAUUCAAGAUGUCGACUAUGUCAAAGUGCAUGAUGUUGUGAUUAAAGGUCCAGGAAUUAAUUACACGAAACAAUUACAAAAAGAACACUCAGAAAAAGCUAUGGAAAUAUUAAACGUUUUUGAAGAGAAUGAUGCCAGGACAGCAUUAUCUAACAUAAUUAUUGCUAUGGACCGCGAAUAAGAUCUAAAUUCAUCUGAAUGUCGUCAGUCAGACUUCAAGCCGAUCGGAUUACAACCGGAGGGAAAGUAUGUGGUUUGAAUAAUGAAAAAAAAAAUGAAAAUAAUUAACAAAAAUAAAACUGAAAAGCGAAAGUGUAUACGUACUUUAGUCACGUUUGUAUCACGUGGAUGUACAAGUAAAAUGUUUAAACGUUGUUAUUAUUUUUUUUUUACCAUGUAUUAUUAUAAGAAUUUGUAUCUAAGUGCAAUGCGAAUCAUAAUAAUUAUUUUACGCUUUCAUAACAAUAUAAUCACGAGUAAAAGAAAUUAGAAUAAAAUUAUAUAUUAUGAGUAUAAGUUUAACCAUCAUAGUUUCGGUUGACUGUAUGCAUAGGUACCUAGGUACUAUAGGUAGCUACAGUAUACGAAUGUAUUUUAAAAUAUAGUACUCAAAGUAAGUAUAAAGAAAUAUUUAUACCAAUAAUAUAGGUAUGUACGGAUAUAAAGGGAAAGUCUCUAGGCAAGUUUUAGAUGAUGCCGAUUGCCGAACAUUGUUUUCUAAAAAAUUCAAUAUACAUUAACCAUAAUAUACAAGUACGUUUACGCUACCUACUAAAAAAUGUUUUUAACUACGUCAUAUCAACAAUUUUAUAUUUCUACAAAAAAUUUACAAUAAAUAAUGUACCUUUAAAUAAAUUUAAGCGAUUUAAAUCAACGUAUUUUUUUUUUAAUCGAAAAAAAUUCAAAAUUUCGUCAAAAUAUCAAAUCAAAUUUAUAAAACAUAUUAAAAUAGAUAAUUUUUGGUACUUACCUAACAGAAAUCAAAGUAUCUUAAUUUAUUAUGGUUCACCAAACUAAUAAGUAAAUAAUUUAGUAAUUAUAGACGUCAGACUCGUUCUAUACAGGAAGAAGAUUCGGAUAGAAAGUGGUAUAAGUGUAUAACUGGUAGUAUGCCUUAAGCAUCAUAAGUAUGUAUGUAUGUAUGUAUGACGUAUAACGUUAGUAUAAUAUAUACAUACUUUACAGUUAGGUCACCAUGUAUAAUGUAAAAAAUCCAACACUUUUUAUUUUGUAAUAUAAAAAUAUAAUUAUCAGCCAACCGACAUGAACAGCGGAAUUUUUCAAUGUGAUCAAAACAGAGGUACCACCCGUGUUUAUUUCUUUAAAAAAAACAUUUAAAUGAUUACUUAAAUCAAUUGUAUUUAUUUAAACAUCACCCUCUCUUUACUCACACAUAUUUGUAAAUAUCUAUUCAUUAAUAAAAUUAUGAGUUAAAAUAUA